GUAAAGGACAUCAAUAUGUUACAACGGAUUAUAUUAUCUAACAUAAUUGUUAGAACAAUUACAAGUUCUUCUAAAAAGGCAGAGGAUAUAUCACAACUGCUAGCCAAUCGGUUGUUUACUGAUAAACAUGAAUGGGUCAUGGUACAAGAUAAAAUAGGCACAGUGGGAAUAUCUGACUAUGCUCAAAACGCUUUGGGAGACAUCGUUUAUGCUCAACUCCCUGAUGAGGACACACUUUUAAAACAGAAAGACGAAUGUGGUGCACUAGAAAGUGUAAAAGCUGCCAGUGAAAUUUACAGUCCCAUAUCAGGAAAAGUGAUUGUAAAAAACACUCAAGUUGAAGACAAUCCCUCUCUUAUUAAUAAGUCAUGCUAUGAUAAGGGUUGGCUUUUUAAGGUGGAAAUGGAUGAUACAAAUGAACUAAAGGCACUGAUGACAGCAGAGAAAUACUUAGAGUUCUUAAAAACUGAUCCAGAAGUUUCGACUGAUAAAUAAAUGUGUAUCAUUGUUAUUAAAUUAUUCUUAGAUUAA